GGGUGCGACCGACGAUGGUGACAUAAUCAGCAAGCAGUGAAAUGCAGCUUUUUUAAUAUGGGACAUGGAGGAGGGGAGCACAGGUUGUCCGGACAAGGAGGGCGAACAGGCACAACAGCGUGCUGCAAAACGUGCAAAGCUGGUCCCUCUACCAGCGACGAGGACGACGAUGGAAGUGGUAGCGGCUCCGAGGAGAAAAGCGUUGACAAUGCUAGCAACAAGUGGGGUGGCAGUGAGAGCAAGAGCCUCUGCUGAGCUCAACAAGCACAGUGGAUUGUGGGGUCAACACCUCCCCAUACUUCAUAGUGGAGGACUUCCUGAAAGCCACAGCUGGUCAAAAUAAGUGGAAGUGGCUGAAGGCGUACAUGCACCGUGACAACGUUAGCGCAGGCAUGCUCUUUCCCCGAGUAGACGUCAACGCUUUGACAAGAGUAGGGCUGUAGUUGCCCGACGCCGCGGAGUACUUUGUUAUAAGCGUUUUUGCAGAAGUUCGCCACCAAGUUCCCGGAAGAGGUUCUGAAAGAUUUGCCGCAUCACACUAGCACCAAGACUGCAAGGGUUCGGCAAAACCUGGAAGCAAAAGGGCCUCAAGGGUUAACAAAUCCCCUUGGCGAUUAGGGAAUCAUAAUCUCAUCAGACCUGAUUGCGCCACGUAUGCUGAUAUUAGCCGGACAUGCUUUUACGCUUUCAAGUGUAGUUAUGUAAUGCCAGCUUAACG